ACAUUUGGCUUCUUUAGCUCUCAUAGAACUCCACACCUAUCUAAACUGCCUUCUAAUCAUUUUACUCGAUCGAAGAGGAAAAGUUGUAAAUUUUAGUUUUAUUUUCUUGAGACUGCAACGGAAAAAAUGGGAAGAGCACCAUGUUGUGAGAAAAUGGGGGUAAAGAGAGGACCAUGGACCCCCGAAGAAGAUCAAAUCUUGAUUAACUAUAUUAAUCUCUACGGUCAUUCUAACUGGCGAGCGCUUCCCAAACACGCAGGUUUACUUAGAUGUGGGAAAAGUUGCAGACUUCGUUGGAUCAACUAUCUGAGACCAGACAUCAAACGUGGCAAUUUCACUCCUCAAGAAGAACAAACUAUCAUCAAUCUACAUGAAGUCUUGGGCAACAGAUGGUCUGCAAUUGCUGCAAAAUUGCCAGGACGAACCGACAAUGAAAUUAAAAAUAUUUGGCACACUCAUUUGAAGAAAAGACUCAACAAAGACCAAAACAAUAAUGGCGGAGUCACCAAAGACCUUAACCGAACUAACGAGACCACACACGAAGACAAGGAAUCUGUGAUUGUGGACACAACUUCUACGCAACAGUUUAGAACAUUACAGAUAUCAAAUAAUAACAAUGCGGACGCUAUGAUGUCGUACGAGGACAUUUCUGCAAUGGUUGAUGAGAGUUUUUGGUCAGACGUCAUAUCGGUAGAUAAUAAGAAUAGUACAGAGAAAACGAUGGAGGAUUGGGAGGGAUUGCUGGAUAGGAAUAGUAAAAUAUAUAGUUAUAAUAACUCGAAGUUGUAUAAUGAUGAUAUGGAGUUUUGGUUUGAGGUUUUCAGUAGUAGUCGUAGGAUUGAGGAAUUUUCGGACGUAGCCGAGUUCUGAUUUUGAUUUUGUGUUGUUUUUGUCGUUAAGACUUGGAAGUCUUUUGGUAAACCAAAUAAAUAUUGGGAAAAUUGUUUUUUAACCCAAAAAAACAAUAA